UCCUCUUCCAGCCCUGCCACUACUUCAUCCUAUCAGGGUGAUUUCCUCCCUUUAUGCCCUCCUGUCGGGCAGUGAGGCUGCUCGCUCCCCUUUCGCCCCUUGCCCAGGCCCUUUCAAAGCCCGGGCACAAAGGGGAACAGGUGUUUUGUAAGCUGCAAAAUCAACACAUAAACCCUGCAGGGUCCUACAGCAUUUGUACUGGAAGGGGAUAUAAUUCCUCCUGACCCUCAGCCACGCUUGUGCCCUGGAGCAUAGAGAUUGUCGCUAAGGCAUCAGAGCAGUUCUUUGCAGAGACCCCCACGCCUGCCCUAACGGUGGCAUAGAGCAGGGCCUACAUUUAAAAUCAGGCCACUCGCCCCAUGCUCACGCCUCUCAUGUGCCGACAGUACAGAGGUGACAUGAAUGACCUUGCAGCCUCCCAGCCUGAGCAAUGACAUCCUGCUCCCUUCCCCUCUUGAGGGCUCCCUGGUUGGUUCUGUUCUAGCCUCUUGCCCGGUCCUGGCUGCUCCAAACCAGGCCGAGCCGUGAACACGCCUGCACCUUGCAUGCUACUCCGCUCGCCGCUAUUUACAGCAAAACAAAGCAGCAGCGGGAGAGGUCCCUGGGCAUUUCCUGGCCACCUCAGUUCCUGGGAGGAGACGGGUUGAGAAAGGUGCCACAGGAAAGGACCCUCCAACUCCAGGAGAUGUCGCCGAACAACCUCUAACGUCCUUGAUGCAAACUCCCAGGCUGCCAUGGAGGUGGACGCCGUCACAAGCCUGCUGAGCGGCACCAGCGCACACGCCCCCCGCCUGUGUCGGGCUGGCUUGGCUGUGGUCUUCACGCUGCGGCUGGUCACCUUGGCGGUUGGAGCCAGGACCCUGUGGCGGGACGAGGUGGGGGACUUGGCCUGCAACGCCAGCGCGGAGAGCUGCCGCCGCACCUGCUUCGACGCCGCCUUCCCCAUCUCGCCCUUCAGCCUGUUCGCGCUGCAGCUGGCGGUGAUCUUCAGCCAUGCUCUGGCCAGCUCCUGGCACUUCCGCCCACACGGCGAGGGCAUGGGCAGCUGGCGGCAGCCCACACUCCGGGGUAAGCAGCCGCGGCUCUGGCUGCACUUGGGAAGUCUCUUGGCCAAGGCUGUCCUAGAAGGCAUCUUCCUGGUGACGUUCCACACGCUCUACAGCCACUUCCCCGUGCUAGUGCAAUGCCCUCCCUCUCCCUGCCCGCCGGCCGUGACCUGCGCCAUCCUGAAUGCCCGGGAGAAGGACGCCUUUAACCACUUCAUGGCCGGCUCCUCCUGGGCUUGUCUCCUGCUCAGUCUGCUGGGGACGCAGCACGCAGCCGUUCAGAUCUUCCAGGAGGCUUCUGGAAAAGCUCCGCGAAAAGGCCCAGCCAGGAAACCACGCGUGUAACUGGCCAGGUGUCAUGGUGACUCCGCUGGGUCGCCAGCAGGGCUUGAGCCCAUGACUUUCAGUGCUAACUAGGAGGAGCCACCAUUGCUUGAGCUAAAGGAGUAACUCCUCCGGCUGAUAGCACCACUAGGCUAUUAUCCCCCCGCUAGCAGGGGACAAAGGCACACUCUGUGUUAGGGUGAGUUGCAUAAUCACCCCAGAGGGAGAACGAGGACGGUGGUGGAGGGCAUGUAUAUGGGAGUAAAGGACACGUGUUUUGUCAUUUCUCCAUCAAUCUCGCCCGAGAGUGACAAUUAAAGCGACUCUGAAACAACCCCCAGCAGAUCAGACCCUCAUGGAACAAAGGCUGGCAGCUCCUGGGACAAGGACCGUUUCUUUGUGCUGUUCAUACAGCUCCGAGGACGAUGGGGCCUGGUGCCAUGUUGAGGGCCCCUGGGUGCUACCGUGAUACAGCUACUAGGAUGACAUUUAGACGAGGGAAUUUAAGCCGGGUAACAGGAAAUAUUUGCAAAAGGGCCGAGCUGAUUGUGUGGAAUAAUCUCCCAAAGACAUUUAGAGCUGGAGCAGACAAAGCUCUAUCUGUUUAUCUCCUUACAUGGCCCACACCAGCAGGCCUGAGUCAGUGUUUAUGCUCACACCUCCUCUACAGGGCAUGGAAAUAUUAGCCUCUUCUUACAGAAUGGAGGUGCAGGGUAAGUGCAGAGAUUUGACCAAGACCAGCCAAGAAGUCUGUGGCAGAGCCAAGUAGUCCCAGGCCAAUGUCUUAACUCCAAACCCAGCCUUCCUCCCUGGAGAACCACCCUGCACUGGCAGGAGCUGGAUGCGGAUGGCUUCUCCGGCUCGGAGUUCCCAGGCUUCUACAUUUAAAAGCCACGUGUGUUGGAAAGUGCGCUGAGAGAAGACGAUAGAGAAGAGCCGAAUGAACCUAAAAAGCUGCUAGGAAAUUUCAGGUUGUUCCUCCACGUUCUAACUGAGAGUUGGGCAUCUGAUUGAGACUUUUCCUCUCAGGAAGGGUUAAAAGCUCUGACCCCAGCAGCCAAACCCGCGCUGCAAUGCUAAUCCUCUCUGACCACCGGUGAAAGAGGCAGUAAGCAAAUUUCACAUGAUCUCCAGAAAUAUUGACCAAAUGGGAAUAAUCUCACAGCGACAUCUUCUGGCCAAAAAACACUACCUGGCUGCAAGCCAGCCUGGCCUGCAAAUAUCCUUCUGGCUCUCAGGCGGGGUAGCCUGGAGGUCAUGCGGUUUUACUACAACAGCCCGUGCAAACAUCAGUCAUCCAGACAGUUCCUGGAGCCGUGGUAAUGGCCAUGUAGCAAUAUUUCCGCUCAUGCACUCGCCUCUGGGUGGCUUGCUGGCAUUUCAGCAGCGGCGUGAUCUAUAGAGCGUAAAACACCUGGGGACACGGUUCUGCUGGAUGAAGCAGAAAAUGGUGUUAAGAGUAGCGGACACACACACCAGGCACAGAGAAUCGCUGUUCCUCUUCCGGGAUCCCGCAGCACUUUGCUGUACCCGCAGUGGCAUCCCCGGUUUCCCGUUAUUAUGCAGGAGGGCUCAAUAGAACUUCCUUCGCACUGAUGCUCCUAAUGGGUUAAGAGAGCUGCAUUCUUUAAUCAGACCAUUGCUGGGGCACCUGGAAAACAAAUGGAUGCAAUAGAUACAAUAGCUACAUCUUAACAGUGAAUGCCUGUCCCCAGCCAUUCAGAUGGAGAUGAGGUUUGGUGCACAAAGGACAUUCCGACACCAGGCAACCCAGUUCUCUCCUUUCUAAAGCCAUCCAAUUCCUCGGUUAUUGUUUAAGCUCCUGGACAGGCAGUCAUUCGGGGACAAGGGGAGGGUGCAAAGCCUCUUUUUGAAUGUAGGCUAUUCCAAAGAGAACAAAGCUGGUAGAGCAUGAAAAGGCUUUUUGGAACCAGCCACAAAGAUUCCCUUUUGAACCCUGCUGCUAACUGACCUGGCGCCCCCGUCAUAAGCCAGCAAAGAGCAAGUCAAUGGAUGGCAGCUAUGAUGUGUUCACUGCGGGCGCCGGGCCAGGCACCAAGGCUGCAGUAGAUGUUUUGGUGGGGGAGGGACGGGAGAGGUAAAUCUAGCAUUGGUGAAAGGUCCUAGCUUGGUAGAUCAAGGCCAAACUGCACAACAGGUACAGCAAUACAAGCUUCCCACUAACACACCUCUGUCUGUAUCUUGUCAUAUUUAACUGUAGGCUCCUUGGGGCAGGGGUUGGCUUUGUGUCCUAUGUCUGUACAGCACCUGGCACAGUGGGGUCCUGCUCCAGGACUAAGGCUCCUAGGGGCUACGGUAAUACAAAUAGAAACUCUCUCUGCCUGGCUGCAGAAAGUCCAUCUUUUGAAGGGUGUCCAAGUCCUCCUGACUUCUCUGCUGAAACUGCCAUGGUGGUGAUGUUGCAGACACGUUUCAUAGGAAAUGGAAUAAGACCCACCUGUUCUUUUCACACCGGCCGUCAAACAGCCAUCAGGGUAGUUCCCAUUCACCUGAGCCGAAUUAGCUACGUUCGUUACCAAGCCCCCGCAUGGGGAACUGAAGGGAUAGCAAUUGACGAGAUCAUUAUGUAGCAUCUUUCAGCCCCAAAUGCCCCAGGCUAGUUUACAAAUCGACCUACCACUGAAGUGCAGGCACCUUUGGGGAGAAACGGGGCAGCCGUUAAACGUGGCCAGGAAAGUGGCAUCACCGUCUCAGUUAUAGGCCUUAUAGAACGGUUAGAGCUUCAUACUAGGCACACUAAAGUUAUUCUACCUACCACCCAGGAUUCAUCCCAACCCCCACUAGCUGUAGUGUGCGAGAGCCAAGAGGUAUCCAAGCUCGAUAUCACUUACCUUGCAAGAUCUAGAAAAGCCCAGGCCAAAGGGAGCCCUCAGUAGUUUGAAAAGGAGCCAGGUUGCUCCAACCCCUGUGUUUUAAAACAUGGUAUCAUGAGAUGUAAUUAGAGGAAGCUCCCAAAACUCUCUGCAUUUCAGUCUGAGGGAAUGGAAGGAACCAGCACUACCCAGUAGCUUGCAGAACAAGGAAAGGGGCUACCAUUUGUUUGGGUCAUUGACUGAAGUUUCACACACCUGCUGCCACAGGCAGAGGGGAAUCUGUUGAACCCACUUGGGAUUAGACCCUAGAACAAAGUCUUGGCAAACCACAUGAACUUCUGUUUGACCUUAAUAUUACUAGACAAGAGAAGGAAAAACUGAUGUGACCAGAGCUGUGUCAGGAGAAGGAUUGAAGAUUGGAGAACCAGGGUCUUAAUACACAAGCCCUUUUACAACCAUGCUUCUGCCAUUGGGAACCUUUAGUAAAAUCCUGUUUCAAUUGAGUAUCAAUUACUUCUAAAGAAAAUUGUGCUACAGAAAGCAAUGCAGCUGUAGGGGAGCAUGCUCAGGACAUGGUAUUUUAGACAAGUCCCAUUAGGGUUUCAUUUAUUCAAUGCUGUUUUUCUUUCCGGUUUUACACACACCCAACAAUGAAACCACUCUGAUUAGUUUCCAUACAGGUGUUUGGUUUUUAGUGGAAAAGGAUUCUGGACCUCUCAAGAGUACAAUUAAUGAAACCAGCACGGGAUUUCCCGGGGCAGACCACGUAAAGAAAAGUUGCAUUCACGUUUCUAGUCCAUCUUCAGUGUUUUUCUCUAGAAUUUACCCGUAGAUUAUGCCAGAUGAGAUUUUUCUGCACACUGGGAUGCAUCAUUGACCUGCAGGGUUUAUUAUACACCUCUAUCUCGAUAUAACGCUGUCCUAAGGAGCCAAAAUUUUUUUACCACGUUAUAGGUGAAACCGUGUUAUAUUGAACUUGCUUUGAUCCACCCGAGUGCGCAGCCCCGCCCCCCCGGAGCGCUGCUUUACCGCAUUAUAUCCGAAUUCGUGUUAUAUGGGGUAGAGGUGUAACAUUACAUAUUUUUGGAUGUCAUGGAAGCUUGGAAAAAAUUAUUUUCAUCCUUUUCUGUCAGCCACAGAUUAUUACAUCCUUCAGAUAUCCACGGUAACCACAUUUGUUUAUUCUGUAUCAGCAUCUUCAUGGAAGUAACAAGCAAGACCUUAGUACAGAAAGCAGCUGUGCACAGGAGGGGAACAUACUUGGGACACCAAACCAAAAAACACUCAAUAGCUUUCAAAGUGGCAGCACUAGCAUACUGACAAUUUUUAGAGGUAGAGGGUAUCGACAUCUAAGAAUCCAGAGUGCAUUCCUCAGACUAUAACAUCUAACAGCCAAUAAACCUCAUCUUUGCCUCUCUUUAAUAUUCAAUAUGUGCUUAAAAGAUUCCAGAAGACUGGGCACAUGGCCUGCCCCCCCACACCAUACCACAAAGAGGUGUGAAAGGAUUUUACUCCUGUUUUUUAAGUACCAAGACUGUUGAUUCUAGUCUUGCAGGAGGAUAUGGGUUGUUUACAGGAUGACCAGACAGCAAAUGUGAAAAAUCGGGACAGGGGUGUGUGUGUGGGGGGAGGGAGAGGGGAAGGGGGGGGAGGAGAGUGUGUAAUAGGAGCCUAUAUAAGAAAAAGACCCAAAAAAAUCGGGACAUCUGGUCACCCUAGUUGUUUAUAAUGAGCUCUCAUCCCUUCAUUGAAGAGAGGGUCUCGAAUCUUUAUCGGGGCCAUCUCUACUCCAAAUGGCUACUGACUGGAAUCAGUAAUUCUAGAACAGUCUGCGUAAGCCAUCCUCCCCCACAUUUAGCAGUUGUGAUGUCAUUUCACCAAUCUUCAAGUCAGGCUCCCCGGGCUAGACCGCAUCAGAAUUUCUCGCGUGAACAAUAAAAAGAAACAUUGAAAAAUU